AAAGCUGAAAUCAGUUUCGUCGCAGGUCUCCAAGCAAACGGUACGGUGCAUCGGAAUUGAAACGUUGAGUACUCGUGUGCAAUUAAUUAAUAAAUACGAAAUACAAAAACAACAAGACAAACAGUUGCUAACUAGCUCAACAUGUUGCGCCUUCUGACCAUAACUUUGGCCCUUUGUGCCACGCUUAGUGCUGCCGCUCAAACGCGGAGUACGCCUAUGGAGGCAAUUGCCACAUUGACUGGACCCGUGCAGGCGGAUAACACCCAGGUGAAGGGCAAUGUAACCUUCAUUCAGAAUGACUGUGGACAGAGCGUGCACGUGCGCAUCCAGCUGGAGAACGUGAAGGAGGGCAAGCAUGGUUUCCACAUUCACGAGAAGGGAGAUUUGUCCAACGGCUGCACCAGCCUGGGCGGUCACUAUAAUCCCGACAAGGUCGAUCAUGGUGCACCCCAUCACGAGGUUCGCCAUGUCGGUGAUCUGGGCAACAUUGAGGUCAACUCCACUGGCAUCAUUGACAUCACCUACUCCGAUGCCGUGAUCAGUCUGAAUGGCAAGCGCACAAUUAUCGGACGUAGUGUGGUUCUCCAUGAACUCGAGGAUGAUCUGGGCCAGGGCAACCACACCGACUCGAAGAAGACAGGAAAUGCGGGCGGUCGUAUUGCGUGUGGCGUUAUUGGAAUUAAUGCAUUUCCCUCAUACGAACAGCCCACAACCACAACAACGACACCUCCACAACAUCCAGAACAACUACAAGACCAUCCAGAAAAUCCAGAUCCACAACAACAACAAGUAGCACAACAGCAACAACAACAAACAUCAGCAUUGCACUCAAGUCGUCGACGCACCGCAAAUCAACCCACAUUCUAUGUGCCCCACGAUCAGCCGCACGAUCAUGUUAUAUAUCCACUGCUCCGUCAUCAUCCUUAUCCAUAUGCAUAUCCGUAUUAUUUCUAAAUGUUAAGUGUUUAAGUAUGCUUCGCUCUCUCUCUCUGUGUGUUCUCUGUGUUCUGCGUCUCCUGCUCUGCGUUGUCCCU